ACCAGAGCUGCGUAGGGCCGGGCUCCCAGGGAGGCGGGUGAAGGCAUUUGCAGCGGGGGCCAGCCCCCAGCCCAAGCCGGCGGCAGGAGCAGCCAGAGACCCGCCCCCGCGCUCUGGCCGGGGGCUCGGAGUGGGCUGUUCCCGCCGAGGAGGGAAGCGGAGUGUGACAGCGGCGCCUUGUUGCGCUGCCUGUCCAUUGCUCCAGCUGUGCAGCCAGCGGCGCUCGGCGGCGGGACGCUGCUGCUGCGAGGGAGCCCCCGCUCCGUCUCCUCCGCACCUGCCUGGCCAAGGAGGGCUCUUCGGAGAGCCGCCGCCGCCGCCGCCGCUGCUGGAGGGGGCGCGCACACUGCAGUAAUGCGAGCCCGUCCCCUCCUGGCGGGGAGCGGGAAGCCGGCCGAGUCCCAGCCCCAGCCCCAGCCCAGCCAGGUGUUCCGCUUCGGUCUGCGGCUGCCGGCCCAGAGCGCCCAGUGACCCGCCAGCUCCAGGCUGCGCUGCCCCGGGGCGCGCUUCCUAGCGCUGGGCUCCGGCUGGAGGGGGGGUUGCGGUAGCUGGAGAGGAAGAGGGGAAGAGAGAAGCUGCUGCUCCUUGGUGCUCCUCUUCCCCCCCGCCCCCCCCGCAUUUGCUGCCGCCGCCGCCGCUUUGCCAGUUCAAGGCGAGCAGGGAGGCGGGUGUCAUGCAAUUGGUGCCCAGGGAAAGGUCUCCGAGGCUGAAGUACCAGUGAGAGGAAGAGCAGCGGAAUCAAGCCGGCUCUGUGCAAUGACAGCCAUGAAGGAGCAGCAGGCAGCGCCGAACCCGGGCAGCCGGGGGAGCCAGGCUCAGCAGCAAGACCAGGAGCUUGGAAGUAACAGCCCUCCGCAGAGGAAUUGGAAGGGAAUUGCAAUUGCGCUGCUGGUGAUUCUAGUUGUAUGUUCACUCAUCACUAUGUCUGUCAUUCUUUUAACCCCAGAUGAGCUUACAAAUUCAUCAGAAACCAGAUUGUCUUUAGAAGAUCUCUUCAAAAAAGAGUUCAUAGUUCAUAAUCCAGAAGCCAAAUGGAUUAAUGAUACAGAAGUGGUGUAUAAAAAUAGGAAUGGACAUGUUGUUAAACUGAAUGUAGAAACAAAUACAACCACGUUAUUAUUGGAAAAUACAACUUUUGUAACUUUCAAAGCAUCAAGAUAUUCAGUUUCACCAGAUUUAAGAUUUGUUCUUCUUGCAUAUGAUGUCAAACAGGUCCCCCAGACGACCCAUGGCUUGGACCUUACCAUCCACCAUCCUCCCAGGAGGGUUAAGGUUUUUCAUUAUUCUUAUACGGCUUCAUAUGUGAUUUAUAACAUACAUACAAGGGAAGUUUGGGAGUUAAACCCUCCAGAAGUAGAGGAUUCAAUUUUACAGUAUGCGGCAUGGGGUGUACAAGGAGAGCAACUGAUUUAUAUUUUUGAAAAUAACAUCUACUAUCAACCUGAUGUAAAGAGUAGCUCAUUGCGACUGACAUCCUCAGGAAAAGAAGGAAUCAUUUUUAAUGGAAUCGCAGACUGGCUCUAUGAAGAGGAGCUUCUUCACUCUCACGUUGCCCACUGGUGGUCCCCAGAUGGAGAAAGGUUGGCAUUCCUGAUGAUAAAUGACACUUUGGUACCAAACAUGGUUAUUCCUCGGUUUACUGGAGGUCUGUAUCCCAAAGGAAAGCACUAUCCAUAUCCUAAGGCAGGUCAAACAAACCCAACGAUAAAGCUGUUUGUAGUCAAUCUAUAUGGACCAACACAUACACUGGAACUCAUGCCACCUGACAGCUUUAAAUCAAGAGAAUACUACAUCACUAUGGUAAAGUGGGUAAGCAAUACCAAGACUGUGGUGAGAUGGUUAAACAGACCACAGAACAUUUCCAUUCUUACGGUUUGUGAGACCACGACUGGGGCUUGUAGCAAGAAAUAUGAGAUUACAUCAGAAGUGUGGCUUUCUAAACAGAAUGAGGAGCCAGUUUUCUCCAAAGAUGGAAGUAAGUUCUUUAUGAUAGUCCCAGUGAAGCAAGGUGGCCGGGGUGAAUUCCACCACAUAGCCAUGCUUAUUGUCCAGGCUAAAACUGAACAAAUCAGUGUGAGACACCUGACAUCAGGAAACUGGGAAGUUAUCAAAAUCCUGGCGUAUGAUGAAAAUACUCAAAAGAUUUACUUUUUAAGCACUGAAGAUUCCCCAAGAGGAAGACAGCUACAUAGUGUAUCAACUGUUGGAUUACUGAACCGCCAGUGUCUUUCAUGCAACUUCAUGAAAGAUCAGUGCACAUACUUCAGUGCAAAGUUUAGUCCUAUGAACAAGCAUUUUUUACUACAUUGUAAAGGACCAGGCGUUCCAGUUGUUAGCAUGCACACUACAAGUAACCCUGGAAAAUUUUACAUAUUGGAAGAUAAUGCUGUGUUGAAAGAAACUAUUUUAAAGAAAAAGAUUUUCCGGACAGAAAUUAAAAUGCUUCACAUUGAGGAUUAUGAACUUCCUUUACAGUUGUCAUUCCCAAAGGAUUUCACAGAUCGAAACCAGUAUGCUGUUCUGUUAAUAAUUGAUGAAGCUCCAGGCAGCCAGCUGGUUACAGAUAAGUUUCACGUUGACUGGGAUUCGGUGCUUGUCAACUCUGAUAAUGUCAUCGUAGCUCGAUUUGAUGGCAGAGGGAGUGGAUUUCAAGGCCUUAAAAUUCUACAAGAAGUCCAUCGUUGCUUAGGUUCAGUGGAGGUGAAGGACCAAAUAGCAGCUGUAGAAUCAUUACUGAAACAACCAUUCAUAGAUCCUAACCGACUGAGCAUAUUUGGAAAGGGAUAUGGCGGAUACAUUGCAUCAAUGAUCCUGAAAUCCAAUGAAAGACUUUUUAAAUGUGGAGCCGUUAUUGCACCAAUCACAGACAUGAAGUUGUAUGCUUCGGCUUUUUCAGAAAGAUACCUUGGCAUUCCAUCUAAAGAGGAAAAUACGUAUCAGGCAUCCAGUGUACUGCACAAUAUUCAUGGUUUAAAAGAAGAGAAUUUGCUAAUAGUUCAUGGGACAGCUGAUACUAAAGUCCAUUUUCAACACUCAGCAGAACUAAUUAAACAUCUAAUAAAAGCUGGAGUUAAUUACACUAUGCAGAUCUACCCAGAUGAAGGUCAUAACAUUGCAUCUGAGAAAAGCAAAUAUCACCUUUACAGCACAAUCCUUGGUUUUUUUAGUGCUUGUUUAAAGGAGGAAGCCCCAAUUUUACCACAGGAACCUGAAGAGGAUGAAUAAGGAAGCCUGUUUGUACAGUACUGAAGGGAGACUUACUUUGAGGCUCAAUAAAACCUUAAAUAAAAGAGACUGUAAGAGUGCAGAUUCUGCAGAAGCUCAAGGGCAGCUAAAGGAUAUAACAGUGGAACAGCACAUUUAGAGACACUGAGCUAAUAAACUGGAAUUUGAAUUCAAAGUCCAAACAUGUUACUGAGGGACAAAACCUAUACCUUUGUGGAAGGACAAUGGUUGGUUACAGUUUCCUGGACAAACUUAGUUUUGCAUAAGUGUAGAGUUAGUGCAUGUUUAUUAUGUUAAGCCUCACUGUUUGUUCUGUAAGUAGUUGCUCUGUUUUUAAUUUAAAAGCACAUCUUUAUCCAUUUUUGGAUUAUGCUCUACCAAUCAUAAAUAUUAAGGCCACUUAUAUUUUAAAAGAUGAGUUGCAAUCUAAUACUUUACUGUAACAUUACAAUAAGUGCAAUUCCUUUCCUGUCUAUUAAGCAUAAGAAAGCAUUGAGUUAAUAAAGGAUGUGAGAUUUUCUAUAGUUUCUGUUUAAAGGGAAAUAUUGUCCAGUGGGUUAUAUAACAUAAGUAUGGAAACUGGUUUGAUUUUAUUUUGUUUGUUUCUUUUAAUUUCAGACAUUUAUUAUCAUUAUUGUACCUAUUAGUAACCAGGAAGGGCAUUUUUGGGAGUGCACUCUUGGUCUUUAUGUAUAUACACAAGACUUCCUAAGCAGAAAAUCUUUGUAUGCUUGAAUAAUUUUUCAAGCCAUAAUUAACAGCUGUGUUUUAACAAUGUCUGCAAUUGAACUACUUCCCAAUCCAAAAUGUAUAAUUUCCAUAAGAAAUGUUUGGGUUGUGUUUUGGUAUUGUUUAUAGUAGUUAAUAGUUUGCUGGUUAUACUCUAAUUUUAGAAUAUGCUACUUUGUCAGAUGUAAAUUAGAUACAUAAAUAUUAAAUUAUAGUUUCAGAUAAAGAAAUUUUAUUAACAAUGUAAUGCCAUUGAGUAGUAUUUUACCCUAACAAAGAAAUCUUUGCUCAGAUUCCAUUCUAAUUUCUGUGGAGGUAGCAGGUAACUGGAACAGUCUGUCAGUUUUUAUUUGGUAUUCCACAACUGCUUAUUAAGAAGGAUUUACAUUCAACAGUGUUAUGAAGAAAUGAAAUAUUUUUCAUCCAUGGCCAAGGAAGCUCCUGACAAAUGAAGUUUUGUUAUUUUAUUCAGAUGGAAAUACCAGAAUGCAUCCAUUUAUUUGUCAAGGUGAAUUACAGCACUAGAAAUUGACGCUAUGAAAUAAACAAACCAGUCAACACAGGUCAUCAGAAUAUUAACAUCAACGAUUGAAAUCAAACAUGAUGUUCAUUUAAUAUUAGGUAUGUUCCAGAAGGUAUCUGAAGGCUCUUGACAAAUGCUGUGCAACUCACAUAAAUACAUAUGUAAUUUUUUCUCUGGAUAUUAUUAAUGCUUUUCUACGUGAUUAGGAUUUCAUUUCUUGUGAAAUUAAAAUUAUAAAGUA